AUGCUAUCGUACGGGUCGAAUAUCGACACGAAUGAUUUCUAUUUUAAUCAAAACGAAACAAUGUCAACUACCGAGUCGCCACCCGAAAAAUCACCUAUUGCUUGGAGGCAUCCACUUUGGGCGAUCGCUCUUUUUUCAAUAUGUUUGUUAACAAUUGCUGGGAAUUGUCUAGUGGUAAUAGCGGUGUGCACAAAAAAAUAUUUAAGGAAUCCCACAGGAUAUCUUAUUAUCUCUUUGGCGAUUGCAGACCUCAUAGUGGGCGUUAUUGUAAUGCCGAUGAAUUCCUUGUUCGAAAUGGCAAAUCAUUCCUGGUUAUUUGGUCUUCCAAUGUGUGACGUUUUUCAUGCAAUGGAUAUACUUGCGUCCACUGCUUCUAUUUGGAAUCUUUGUGUUAUUAGUUUGGACAGAUACAUGGCUGGUCAAGAUCCCAUUGGUUACAGAGACAAAGUAUCAAAGAGGAGGAUUUUGAUUGCCAUCCUCUGUGUCUGGGUGUUAUCUGCCAUUUUAUCUUUCCCCGGGAUCAUAUGGUGGCGAACGAGUUCUCCUCAUUUGUAUGAGAAUCCAUCACAAUGUCUGUUCACGGACAGCAAAAUGUAUGUCAGCUUCUCUUCAUUGGUAUCUUUUUAUAUCCCAUUGUGCUUAAUUCUCUUUGCGUACGGAAAAGUUUACAUAAUUGCAACACGACAUUCAAAAGGAAUGCGAAUGGGUAUCAAAACCGUUAGCAUAAAAAAAAGGAAUGGAAAAAAAUCAAAUACUGAAACUGAAAGUAUAUUGUCUAGUGAAAACGAACCCACUUUGCGAAUUCACUUUGGCAGGGGGAAGCAAUCAAGUUCGAGUUUAAGGAAUAGUAGACUUCACACUCGCGAGUCGACGAGAUUGUUAUUGAAGCAGGUGUCUUGCAAAUCAUUGAAUGAUCGGGGAGAGAGUAAUAAUAACACCGUUAGACAACCGUUGCUGCGGAACACGGAAAAUAAUCACGCUGACAACUACCGUUCUCAGCGAAACUUCCGAAGUCGGAACGUUACAAUCGGAAGUAAUUGUUCAUCGACAUUACUUCAAGUGGAACAGCCGGAUCGCAUGUCUCUCUCAUCAGCAUCCCAAGUCGUGAUGGCCUCUCCGCUAUCAACUCGUCGGAAACUGAAUGUGCGAGAAAAAUCCCGACAAAUGAUGCGUUAUGUGCACGAACAACGUGCUGCGCGAACUCUUUCAAUUGUCGUGGGUGCAUUCAUUUUGUGCUGGACGCCAUUUUUCGUUUUCUCUCCAUUCACAGCUUUUUGUGAAAGCUGUUUCAACAACAAGGAGACCAUCUUCACUUUCGUCACUUGGGCAGGCCACCUCAACUCAAUGCUCAAUCCACUGAUCUACUCUCGAUUUUCUCGCGAUUUCAGAAGAGCUUUCAAGCAGAUUCUCACGUGCCAACGGCAGCAGAAAGUCAAGACCGCAUUCAAAACACCAUUAUCACUCGUUUUUACUCAACUCAUUUCAGUUACGCAGAUGUGGGAACAACCUCAGAACACCUCUAUCGAGUAG